UCGGGGCGGCCUCAACCUAACUGGGGCGUGGCUUAGGGGCGUGGCCUCGGCGGGGCGGCCGUCUUGGAGCCGCAAAGUUUGGCUGUGGCGGCAAAUGGGUUUGGGCGGCUCCUCGGCGGGUGGCGGUGGUGGCCUUAGCGGUUCCUCCCGGCCCUGUUAAUGCCAGGGCCAAGCCCGGGGAGGAUGGCGCCCUAGAGCCCGGCCUUGCUGGGGUAGGGGCGGGAGGGGGCCGGGGCGGGGACCGGCCAUGUCGGAGGUGACCCGGAGUCUGCUGCAGCGCUGGGGCGCCAGUCUUAGGAGAGGCGCCGACUUCGACUCUUGGGGCCAGCUGGUGGAGGCGAUAGACGAGUAUCAGAUAUUAGCAAGACACCUACAGAAGGAGGCCCAAGCUCAACACAAUAAUUCUGAAUUCACUGAAGAGCAAAAGAGAACCAUAGGCAAAAUCGCCACAUGCUUAGAAUUGCGAAGUGCAGCGUUACAGUCCACACAGUCCCAAGAAGAAUUUAAACUGGAGGACCUGAAGAAGCUAGAACCAAUCUUGAAGAAUAUCCUUACAUAUAAUAAAGAAUUCCCAUUUGAUGUUCAGCCUAUCCCAUUAAGACGAAUUUUAGCACCUGGUGAAGAAGAGAAUUUGGAAUUUGAAGAAGAUGAAGAAGGUGGUGCUGGAGCAGGCCCUCCUGAUUCUUUUUCUGCUAGAGUUCCUGGUACUUUAUUGCCCCGAUUGCCCUCAGAACCAGGGAUGACGUUACUCACCAUCAGAAUUGAGAGAAUCGGUCUGAAAGAUGCUGGGCAGUGCAUCGAUCCCUACAUUACAGUCAGCGUGAAGGAUUUGAAUGGGAUAGAUUUAACUCCUGUGCAAGAUACUCCUGUGGCUUCAAGAAAAGAAGAUACAUAUGUUCAUUUUAAUGUGGACAUUGAGCUCCAGAAACAUGUUGAAAAAUUAACCAAAGGUGCGGCCAUCUUCUUUGAGUUCAAACAUUACAAGCCUAAAAAGAGGUUUACCAGCACCAAGUGUUUUGCCUUCAUGGAGAUGGAUGAAAUUAAACCUGGGCCAAUUGUAAUAGAAUUAUACAAGAAACCCACUGACUUUAAAAGAAAAAAAUUACAGUUAUUGACCAAGAAACCACUUUAUCUUCAUCUACAUCAAACUUUGCACAAGGAAUGAUCCUGAUACAAAUAACCUGGAACUUGUGUGAAUUUUACCACUCCGAAACCAUCAUAGCUCCGUGUAGCAAUUCACUCUUCACAGGCAGGAAUUGAGCCCUACCCAUGCCAGCUGGCCCACAAGUCCGUUGCAAAGCCGGACCCCCGAACUCAAAAGUUCAGCACAUCACUGACCUAUCCUUUGGAUACAAGUUUAUUGUAGAUUUUGAAACAUUUUUACCUUUCUAUUAAUUGUGCAAUUGAUUGUCUAUUUUCUCAUCACCACUGCUUGCCCCUGCUUCCCAGACAGUACUGUUGUGGUUGAUGUGCUGAACUUCAGACAAUGCAGCAAUAAGAAUGUGCUAGAGUUUACAUUUCUGCUCACUUUUCCUCCAGUACGCUCUUCUGGCUUGAAUGUCACACUCUGGGUUGAGGUGGGUAGAAUUGCUCUGAGAGGAAUUGGGCUAGCUACAUUGCCCAGGAAAGUCUGUCUGGAAGCUUAUAGGUACUCUUUAGAAGUGGCCUAGCUGAAUGCCAUAGAUCUCCUGCAUGGAAAGUGUGCCCUGGCCAGGUGAAAAUCCCACGUGGGGUGUUCCCUGGAUGACCAGAUUGUUUUCCUGAAGUGAACACAUGUACUGUCAGGUGGAUUAUCUGCUCUACUGCUCUUCUUCCUGGUAGAUUCUAGGGUUAACGUUGGAACCAUCUCAGAACAACUCCAGGUCUUUAAAUGUGUUUACAAUAUCUUUUAAACUGCAUCAUUUAGGAAGAGUUGGGUCAGAUGUUAAGAUACUGCGGAUAACUGCUGCUUUCCUGACACCCCAUUGUGAGACCUUAAGACCGCAUACCUCUCCUUAGUAUGCAAAAUCUGGAAAGAUAGUUUAUUUUUUUUAAUAUAGGUAGAUAUAAUUGCCAUUUAUUUCCUACUUAGAUAUACAGUCAUUCAUUCCUUUUGAAAAUAUGCAGGCCAUUAGUUUCUUUUAAAUUGACUAUUUACUUUUGAUGUAACAAGGCAUAAAUAAGAUUUUUCAGAGCACAUGAUGUUGUUACACAGAACAUUAAGAUUUGUGAGGGGCUUUCUGUGGGUGAGACAUAGAACCCACAUAUUUUAAUACUCACUUUUCAGUGCACAGUGCAUAAGGAGACUGCACUGUCAACACUGGACCUGUUUUUAAAUAGUAUAAUUCCACCAUACCAUUCAAUAUAUUUGCUUCUUCAAGUAAGGAAUCUCAGUGAUAUUUUAGCCUUGCCCUUCAAGAAAUCUAGUCUUCGCUUUCAGCACCUACAAGGCCACAGUUUACUAGAUGGAUGAAAAGAAUCCACAACGAAAUUAAUCUUGUUUGGAUUAAUUCCAAAUGCUGAAACAAUUCCAUCUACAGAAGCUCUAAGGGAUGUAGAAUUUGCCUUAAAUUAAUUCAUUAUCUGACUCUUAAGCUUUGAGUUGUGGAUCCAAGACUGUAAGCUCCUCACGGGGCAAGAGCCACAUCUCUGGGACAUGUGAAGGGUCUAAGGUGCUUGGCGGUACUCUGUACCUGUGGAGUACUCAGUAUCCUGGGCAGUACUCUGUACCAGGGGAGUACUCAGUAUCCUGGGCAGUACUCUGUACCAGGGGAGUACUCAGUAUCCUGGGCAGUACUCUGUACCUGUGGAGUACUCAGUAUCCUGGGCAGUACUCUGUACCAGGGGAGUACUCAGUACCCUGGGCAGUACUCUAUACCUGGGGAGUAAUCAGUACCCUGGGUAGUACUCUGUACCUGGGGAGUACUAGUAUCCUGGGCAGUUCUCUGUACCAGGGGAGUACUCAGUACCCUGGGCAGUACUCUAUACCUGGGGAGUAAUCAGUACCCUGGGUAGUACUCUGUACCUGGGGAGUACUCAGCAUCCUGGGCAGUACCCUGUACCAGGGGAGUACUCAGUACCCUGGGCAGUACUCUGUACCUGGGGAGUAAUCAGUACCCAGGGUAGUACUCUGUACCCUGUGUCAGUACUGUGUACCGUGGAUAGUACUCAGUACCUUCUGUCUGAUGUUGCUGACUAGACCUAAAAAUUAACCCCAUAAAACCUACUAUUAUUAAAAUGUAGCAAAGACUAUACAUUGUCCUUUCUCUUUUCUUACAGACCAUAAGACAAAUAGCAAAGUGGUCAUUUUCUGUGCUGUAGCCCCGAUCCUUCACAUAAGCAUGUGUGAACUACAGAGGUGCCUGCCAUCAGGGUUAAAGAGCUUUAGUGGAGGGCAGUGGUGGCGCACGCCUUUAAUCCCAGCACUUGGGAGGCAGAGGCAGGUGAAUCUGUGUGAGUUCGAAACCAGCCUGGUCUACAAGAGCUAGUUCCAGGACAGGAACCAAAACCACAGAGAAACCCUGUCUCGAAAAAAAAAAGAAAAAAAAAAGAGCUUUAGUGGAACAUCAUGUGAUAAGCUCAGUUUAAUUCAGACAUGAAGGGCACAACUGUCAUAAGCAGUUAGCACAGAGCAUUCCACAUUUCCCAAGUCAAGUUUCCAUUGCAGUGGGAGAAACUGUCGCACAAUCGCCUUUGCCCCAGCAGGCAUGCUUUCAGGCUGUUACUGCUCCUACUCCGAGUAUUAGCUGCUCAGCCCAGAAACACAGUUAGCUGGAGGCGACUUCUGAAACAGGAACUUUUGAAAUGAAAAAAUGGUUCAACUGAGGUGUGACGUCCUCUGUACCCUCUGUAGGCUGACAGCUUGUCAUGGGCUUUUGUAGCACAGGGUGCACAGUUGGACGGGGCUGAGGGAAAGCAAUGGUAGACAGGCUCGCAACUGCCCAGAUGUGCUACAUGGAGAUUUCCCUACAUCUUGCUGAUGAUGUUUAUGUUAUACAGGAUAAUCAAAGGGCUUUAGAGGGAAAUAUCCUAGUUUUGAAUUAAAAGGGGGGGGGGAGUUACUUAGCUUUACUAUUUGUCUUCUUAGGUGGUAUAAUCUUAACUUUAAAUGCCAUCCAAACUUAGGUGGUUAGAUAGCAGAGGCAGGAGGAUAUGAAGUUAGAGAAAGCCUGAACUACAUAGAUGAGAUCCUAUCUUAAAAAAAAAAAAAAAAAGCAAAAAUUUGAAAUUAUAUUAACCUCACUAUUUUCUAUCUUGAGGAAGUUGACAUACAUUCAGAUUGUGUUUGCAAUUUAGUCUUAUUUUUAUAUUUGGUUUAAAAAUGGCGUAUGCUUGGGGCUUAAGAGAUGAUUUAGAGCCGGUAUUGAUGGUACAUGCCUUUAAUCCCAGCUCUUGGGCAGGCAGAGGCAAGCAGAUCUCUGAGUUCAAGGCCAGCCUGGUCUACAGAGUGAGUUCCAGGACACACAAAGAAACCCUGUCUGAGAGAGAGAGAGAGAGAGAGAGAGAGAGAGAGAGAGAGAGAGAGAGAGAGAGAGAGAGAGAGAGAGAGAGAGAGAGAUCAGAGGUUAGAGCACUUGCUAGAAAUGCUCAGUGGUUAAGAACACUGGCUGCUCUUCCAGAGGACCUGGGUUCAAUUCUCAGCACCCACAUUGCACUUCACAACUGUUUGUAACUCAAAGAUCCACAGAUCUGACACCCUCACAGAUAAACAUGCAGGCAAAAUACAAUGCACAUAAAAUAAAAUAUAAAUAAUUUUUUAAGAGCUGUUCUUUCAGAGAACUAGGGUUCAAUUCCCAACACCCACAUGGUGGACCACAACUGCCUGUCACUCCAGUUAUAGGGGAUCUAGUGCCCUCUUCUGGACUCAUGGGCACCGGACAUACAUGUGGUACACAUACAUACAUACAUGCUGGCAAAACAUAUAUGCAUAGAAUAAAAAUUAAUUUUUUAAUGACA